AUGACACUUGACAGCAUGGCAACGUGCACAACGUGUAUGGUAGUGCGCAGUGCGCCGAAGUUAGCAAUCUAGUUAGUACAGACAUUUGUGUCCGGCACUGAGUGAGGUGAAUAUCACGGUUAGGUUUUCUAACCUCUUUUCUCUUGUUUCGAGAAAUUAUAUCUAACGUGUUACGGGCAUUCAACAUAUGUUAAUAUUGUCAGAAUGGUUCUGUUGGAGAAUGAUACGUUCUUAGCGGAACUAAGCAAACUCUUCGACAAAUCACGGCUUUCUGGUUCUGUGACACUCACUUUCAAGAGAUUUAAUGGACAUAAUAAACCAGUACCUAGGAAAGGCAGAGCAUCUCUACCGACUCCAACAGAGUACCUCUGCUUAGUCCGAGCAUCCUUACGUUCCAGAAAGAUUUCCACUGUUAUUCAUUCCAAGGAUGUAAAUAAAUUUCAACAGGCAUAUUGGAAUCUGUUGAAGACCAAUAUAAGCGGAUUAAAAAAACUAAAGAAGACCAAGUCGGCGAAGCCAAAAGUUCAUUGACUCGACUGUCGGGAACUCACUAUGCGGCGAGUUAUUUAUUUUUCUGUUAUUAAGAAUUUCAUACCACGUUCUCUGUAUAGUUAUCAAUGCUUGUCUAUUGUGUAAGACAAAUGAUGAAGAGGAUAUGUUUUAUACGUCACAUUUUGUAUAGACUGAUGUAUAAAGAUUAAUAAUAUUGUUAUGAAAAUAUUAUGAGAGAAACAUAUCCCGUUAAAUUUUUUUUAUAAUUCUGUGCAAUGAUAAGAAGUAAGGGACAAUCGCUCGAUUAAAAUUCAAAGCAACAAGUUGAAAUAAAAUAUUUAACGAUUAUUGAAGCAUUAAAUAUAAGCGUAACUUUAAUUUUUUUAAAUUUUACUUUUAAUUUUUAAUUUUGGAAAUUUCAUGCCAUUUUAAGCUGAUUAAGUGCAUAAAUUAAUUCGUGACUUUUCUUUACAAAAUCAAAUUUUAUUUAUAGAAAAAUAUAAAUAUUAUAGUUAACAUAGUGUGCAAAUGUGUGAAUGAGUUUUAGUAUUUAAUGUUCAUAUACGCUCUUUGUCAUAUUUGUUCAUAUUUUGGUACUAUUUCUCAUAAAACUUUAUUUUUAUGAGAAUAAUGUCAAAAUCAAAACAUUUUAAUAAUUUUCCGAACUUUUACUAUUAUUAUGCAAAGAUUGUUUUAAGAUUAACACAGCUAUCAUUAUCUACAGUCUCAAUUGCAACUAAUAAGGAAACCCAUAGAAGUGUCCUCCGAUUUUGAUGAAAUUUGUUCUUCUAUACACAAAAAUAGGAAAUACGCAUUUUUUUAUAUAUAUGCCUAUGUAGGUAAAACACUCUUUUAAAAAAAUUAGGUUUUUUGGAGUGUAUAUCCUCGACAUGAAAAAUAGAAACAAUUUCUUUAAAAAUUCAAUGGUUUCAAGAGUAUUAUACAAUGCUGGUUCCAGAUUUUUUAAAAAUAUUUUUAACUUACCCUCAUUAUUCAUAAUAAUUUACUCGUCACAAUUUUAAUAUAAAAGUUUCGUUUUAACCAAAAAGGCUAUUUUAUUCCGGUUCUAAUUACGUAUAACAUGUCACAUUCCGAAAGACGGAUCGAAAACUUCGAUGGAAACAGAACCACAUGCACGUUAUCUAUAGUCACCUAUUCGCUCGAUACGUCGAUGCAACACGUUCUUUUUAACUUUCACGUAGUAAGAGAUUAAUAGAGAUAUAUAGCAUAUGUGUUAUAUAACAUUGCAAUAACAACACAACUAUAAUAUAAUAUAUAACUAAUAUAUAACUAUAAUAUAUAACUAAUCAAGCGACGCGGUAACGUUGCGACGCGAUUACUUGUUACUCACAUACAUAUGAUUGUUACAUGCAUUUACGGUUGCGAUGUAAUGUAAUAAUACAAUAGGAAUAC